CGCUAUGCAACGGCUAUUCACCCAAGUCACAAUUUGCCAUUCCGACAUAGGAAAAAAAUACAAAUUUCAAAAAAGUAUCCUAUUUUAUCAACAAAAUAAAAUAAUAUCAACCUAUUAAUAUCUGGUACGUAACCAGGGUUGAUAUUUUAGGAAUUUGGGGUACUGUUGUAGCACAUAUUUAUUUAACGUAACAGCACUUGCUGACUAUGGUAAAAAUGUGUAGGCCAACUAAAAUGGCUGUCAGGAAAAAAGACGGCGGUGCAGAUUUUAAGUUUUUCGAGUCUGCCGAAACGAUUUCGCAACUGGACAACGUGAAAUCAUGGCUUCAAAGAAACUGCAAGAAGUGGAUUCAGGCAGAACCUCCCACCAACAAGGGCCUGGCCUCGCUCUUGGCACAGCUGGUGCAGUUCCAGGAAGAUGCAUUUGGCAGACACGUGAGCAACCCUGCCCUCACCAGACUACCAAUGCGUUGCUUUAUGGACUUCAAGUCAGGUGGUGGACUAUGCAACAUCCUGAUGGCGGUCUAUAAGUUUAAGAGUGACCAAGGAUGGCGGCGGUUCGAUUUCCAGUCGCCCUCCCGCAUGGACCGCAAUGUGGAGAUGUUCAUGAGCGUUGAAAAGAACCUGCUGCAGACGCGCUGCCUGUCCCUGCCCGUGAUCUACAUUCAGGAUGAGGUCGAGCCCAAGCUGAUGGCUAAGUUGAAAGACAUCAUUAAGAGGCACCAGGGUUCGGUCACUGAGGACAUUGAGAUGGCAACACAUAUAGUGUAUGGUCCCCCGCCUUCCCUGAAUGAUGGUGAGGAGUACAUUCGUCCCAUCCUGCGACGGGAGAAGUCCAUGCUGGUCCACUGGUGCUACUACCCAGACAGCUAUGACACCUGGGUGCCUGCGUCAGAGGUGCCUGGUGACCCUGAGCCUGGGGUCACCUACGAUGGUCCCUGGGAGGUUAACGCCAAAUGGGUGCUGGAUCUCGAAGAGUUCAACGAGUGGAUGAAUGUUGAAGACUACGAAAUAUAUGAAGAUCAGGGAGAAACUAAGGAAGUUGUCAACGUGGGAUCAGGACACAUGAGACGAAAGGUUUACCCAACGAAGCCCAUGGUGGAAGAGCACGCCCAUAGUCCGGAAACAGACAGGAGAGAGAAGAGAGGCGGUGCCGGGAAGAAGAGGAAGAGGUCACCCUCGCCGACCUCUGACAAGAGGAAAAAGAAACCGGGUCGCAGUCCGGCGCCCAUCAUGAAGAAAAGAAUUCCUCGGGACGAGGAGCCCGAGGACCUGACCAAGGACAUGGAAAAUCCAGCCACUGUCCCUGCCGUGGAAGAGGUCCAACUACCCAAAAUAGUUUCAAGUCGUAGCGGACGGGACACAGAGUUGCAGCCGAUCAAGGGAGGCUCGUUGCAAGAGCUGGACGACACCCAGGACGAGUCCCAGGACAAGCUGAACGGGGAAUCGGCAGCCCUAGUGACGGGGGCGGAGCUUGAGGAGAAGGAGAGCAAAGCGCCUGAGGCACAAGAGGAGCAGGUGACGGAGCAGACCCAUCACAUCAUCGUGCCCAGCUACUCGGCCUGGUUUGACUAUAACAGCAUCCACGCCAUUGAGAGGCGCGCCCUGCCCGAAUUCUUCAACGCCAAGAACAAGUCAAAGACUGCCGAGGUGUUCAUGGCAUAUCGCAACUUCAUGAUUGACACGUAUCGUCUGAACCCAACAGAGUACCUGACUUUCACGGCUUGUCGUAGGAACCUUGCUGGUGAUGUGUGUGCUAUUAUGAGAGUACACGCUUUCCUGGAGCAGUGGGGUCUCAUCAACUACCAGGUGGAUGCUGAGAAUCGUGCCGCCCCCAUGGGUCCCCCGCCCACCUCCCACUUCCACGUUCUGGCUGACACGCCCUCCGGAUUGCAGCCCAUGCAGCCAGCGAAAUCGCAGCAGUCGGCUUCCCAGCAAGUGGCCAACCUGACUGAGAAGGGAGGGAACAAAGAGAAAGCCAGCGGUGACCUGCAGAACUUUGGCCUGCGGACGGACCUGUACGCAGCCAAGAAAUCACAGCCUUCAAAGGGCAAGUCAACCUCGGCCAGCGUGACCAAGGAGUGGACGGAUCAGGAGACCUUGCUCCUCCUAGAAGCCCUAGAGAUGUACCGUGACGACUGGAACAAGGUGUCGGAGCACGUGGGCUCCCGCACCCAGGACGAAUGCAUCCUGCACUUCCUCCGGCUGCCCAUCGAGGACACCUUCCUGGAAGACGGACCCAACGCGUUAGGACCCCUCAGCUACCAGCCCAUCCCUUUCAGCCAGUCAGGCAACCCUCUCAUGAGCACUGUGGCUUUCCUAGCGUCAGCCGUGGAUCCCAGAGUGGCUAGCGCUGCAGCCAAGGCAGCCAUCGAGGAGUUCAGCAAGAUGAAGGAGGAAGUGCCCACGGCUCUGGUCCAGACCCACAUCAAGCGCAUCCAGGACUCCACCCGGGCCGGCAUGAGCACCGACAACCACCUGCUAGACGCCAGCGGAAUCGCCGGCACCAUCCCCGAACCCGAGAGGAUGGAGGAAGGGGCAGAAGUGGGCAAGACGGAGGCAGGAGGCACCGACGGAAGCGGGGAAGGAGCAGCUGCUACCAGCAAGGAGAACGCUGACAAGGAAAUCAAAGUGAAAGAGGAAUCGCAAGCCACCGAAGAAAAGGAAAAAGAUGGAGGCGAAGCCAUGGAAACACAGACCCCCUCUCCUCAGAAGAUCCCCGAGGGGGAGGGGCCAGAGAAGAAGGCAGAGGAGGCCGCUGAGAAGAUGGAGACAGGAGAAGUAAAGGUUGAAGGUGCCACGAUGGAAGCAAAGGAGGCAAGCAAGGAAGAUUCCCAAGAGGCCAGCGAGCAGAAGCCAGAGGAGGACUCCGCUUCCAAAGAGGAGACACCCGAUGGUGAGACGACAGAGAAGAAGGAAGGAGAAGAGGCCAAGGAGGAGGACAAGGCACCCAAGGAGAAGCCAGAAGCCGUCAAGAAGCACGAAGAGGAGCUGUCGGAAGGGAAUGUAGCCUCGGCAGCUGCUGCCGCACUCGCUGCCGCUGCGGUCAAAGCAAAGCACUUGGCGGCGGUCGAGGAACGUAAGAUCAAGAGCCUGGUCGCCUUGUUGGUGGAGACGCAAAUGAAGAAAUUGGAGAUCAAACUGCGGCACUUUGAAGAACUGGAAACGAUCAUGGACAGGGAGAGAGAAGCGCUGGAGUACCAGCGACAGCAGUUGCUCGCCGAUAGGCAGCAAUUCCACCAGGAGCAACUGCGGGCGGCUGAGAUGCGAGCCCGUCAACACGCCCAGGCCAUGGCUGCCAUGCAGCAGGCAGCGACGGGCGGACCGGCACCCAGCAAUAAUGCCGCAGCACCAAGUAUUCCUCAACUCACCGGUUCCCCUCAGCUACCCUCCAGCACUCCUCCCCCGUCAUCGGUGACUGCAACUCAGCCCACCGUCCCCCACCCCGAGCAGGCGGCCGUGCCAGCGCCCAUGGUCACCCCCGUGGGCGCCGAUGGUGUUUCAGAGGGGACCAGCGUCCAGGACCAACAGGCCGGAGUUGGGGGGAGCCAGCAGCCGGUCAAAGCGGACGAGCAGCCGCAGGCAGAAAGUGUACCCGCUGAGGAACCCAUGGAUACUGGCGAUGUCCCAAGCCAACCAGAUGCCCCUGUACCCGCUCCAUCCACGGCCGCUCAGAACCCAGCCAUCGUAGCCGCCGUGACGGGCGCCUUGCCUCCCACCUCCGUAGGGAGCGACAGCACCCUCACCCAGAGCCCUCUUCAAGACACCAACAGCCAAGAUGGCGCAGGCAGCCUGGCAGAGAGUCGGCCUGAGAGCAUGGGCAGUGAAGCCUUGAGUAACCAGUCAGCCAGUAACCAGUCCCCUCCCAGUACGGCCUCCCCUGCCUCGUAAUGGAAUGUGCCAGCUCAUCAUGAUCAUCUCGUCUCAGUGUUUCUCAAAGCAGAACUCAAGCAAAAUCUUUGAAAGCAUUUGAAAUCUGGACAUGGUUUGAAUGUUGGGCUGAAUUUUCACCUGUUCACAUUCCACUUGCAAGCAGAUUACCAGCAGGUGUUUGGUUGCCUUCAAAAUGUGCUCCAUCUUAAAGUGUUCAUGUAUGAAACAAAGCAGAGUAACUUCUUGAAAAACUUUAGUUUUUCCAGUAUUUUUGCGGUCAGAAAAUGGCUUCAAUGAGCUAUUUAAAUAAGUACCAACAGAGUUCGCCAGACAAUUUGUCUGAGUUUUACCUUGUGGCGCAUUCUUCACUAAAUCUCUGCUUCCAAUGUUGAUUGUAAGUAAGGGCCAUGCAGAUAGCACCCUUGUCUUCAUGUCGGUCUGGGAACAAAUUUGAUCUCCUUGAAAUGUUCUUUGGGUUUCCUUAGUUUCAAGUUUGUUUUUGUUAUUCAGUUUUCAUAUGUAAAUAACUUUUUUGUCUUUGUCGUCGAUAGAUGUAAAAACAGAUUCAUCAGUUUGCAUUUAGUUACAACUUAGAACAUCUGUUCAGAAUGACCCUCCCUGCUUUCUUCAGAAGAAAAAUGUUGAAGUAACAGAAAAGUGACAACAAAGAGCUGUCGUAAUAGACUCUUACCAGCUGAAAUGCCAUGCAGUUGCAUUGCUAAUAACUGGUUCCCUGCUGAUAUCUUGCAAUACUACAUGUAGCCUGUCGCAAUAGAGUUGCGAAGUACAUAAGUGUCCCAAGGUCAUAAACGCUCACCAGCUGCAAUGCCAUGCAGUUGCAUUGCUUAUAACUGGUUCCCUGCUGGUAUCUUGCAAGACUAGCCUUCAAGAGUGUCCACUUUAAACCUUUGUUUCACGUUAAAUUUUCAUGUGUCAAGUCAGAUAAAACACAAGUAAACGGAAUAGAUAUUUGUAGGCUCUCCAGAGUGAUGGUUUUUUGAAACCCUGAAUUCUGAAAGCAAAGGCAGUGACUUUGGAAUUUAGGUUUUGGUGUACAGCACAGAAAUUCGCAUCUAGCCUGCAGUCUGUCAAUGGAGCUUGAGAUUGCGAAGCCAGAGCUUGAAGCUGAAGCCAGAAUUAUACAAACGGCCCAAGAUUGGGUUGAAAGUCAUAGCAUGUUGCUUUAUAAAAGCUGUUCGUGAGAAAACUUCAUGCAUUUUUCUACUCUACCGUAAAAUAAUUUUCUACAUUUGUUCUAAAGGGAAAUGCAAUGUCAGUGUAUAUACAUGCAGCACCCCAGAGCAUUACUAGACAUUUAAUAUAUUUCCUGUCUGAAGUCAGCAUCAUGGGCCUCAGGGCUCAUUCACCGUGGUAUUAAAAUGAUUACUAGUUUAAGGAGAAGUAACCAAUUUGAAUGUUUGCAUGAUUGGGAGGGGGGAAUAGUUAGUGCGCCCCUACCCCUCGCCCACUUCCUGGACCUCCAACAAGGAUGCAUGUACCUGUAACAUGCAGGGCCCGUCAAGUCAGGGUUGUUCUAGACUUUGACGGCAUUGCCCAGCUGAUGAAAGUGGCAGAUGUCUGUACGUCAACACCAGCCCCCACAACAUACAUUUUGGAAUGUUCAGAAAAUGCCAAAACUCUGAGAAAAGCACUUUUACGGGUACGCGCUAGUGUGAAAUCUGCAAUCUGCGUUUGAUGUCACCAACCUUCCCCCCCCUACUAUCCAGUUCAUGUGACACAUUGCAUGUCUGCUUUGGAUGGCGGCAUCAGACAGCUGCAGUGCCACAAGUUUUCACGAGAAGUAGCCCCAAGGGACUAUUUGGGGAGGGGGGAAAAAUGUGUGCCAAGCAACCAAGAAAAAUGGAAAUUGUCCUCGGGAAGAAAAUUGGACAGGUGGUAUGCGUGUGUGUGUCACACGUAGCAGGUGUGGGUUUUAGGCGUAGGUGUUUUCAGCUAACUGGAAGGGGAUAACCACUAGGCAAACAACCUGAGCCUAACACCUGUGAAGAGUUGGCAACUAGCCGGGAUGUUUAGUUAUUGGAACGCCAGAAGAAAAAGUACAUUUAUUCCCAGCAGUAAGCCCUGUAAAGGAAAUCUAAGUUUACUUCAAAUUUAUAUCACACACUGCAGGCUGGGCUGUUCAACAAUUGUACUCUUGCUUUUUACAGCAAAUAAACUUCAUCUUUGUGAUAGAAAA